GGCAUCUCCUAACUCAUCAGAAUAGAGAAAUUCUGUUCUGGUUUCUAGUUGGAGCAAUUGCCAAAUGUGGCAAAAGGAAGGGGAAUAAAAAGUUUUAAGCCAAGAUUUAUGAAGUAAAUGAAAAGGGAAUUUCAGAGUAUCUGUGAUGACCAGAGACUGGCCUGGGUGACUUGGGAGGUUCCUUCCUGUCUUGUGCUCCUAGCUGGAGAGGAGGACACUUUCUCAGCCUCAGCUGUCCCAAAGGAUGCUGUAAACACCCUCUGGCUUUGUGAUAAAGCUUCAUAAAACAUUCCCUGCAUCCUGCCCUGCCCCAUCCCUUUGUAUGCCUGCAACGCAGCAUCUGCCAUGGUGAAAACCUUCACCUUUGUUUUUGCUUGGUUUUUCUACAGGAAUGGGGACCACGGAUCAUGUCACAGUGCUGGCUUCCACCAACUGUGCUGAUGUCUUGGAUAAUGCUUUGAUGAGACCUGGGAGGCUGGACAGGCACAUCUUCAUUGAUCUUCCAACACUCCAGGAGAGAAGAGAGAUCUUUGAGCAGCACCUGAAGGGCCUCAAACUGAUCCAAGAUGCCAGCUUCUACUCACAGCACCUUGCAGAACUGACUCCAGGCUUCAGUGGAGCUGACAUAGUGAAUAUAUGUAAUGCUGCUAGGGAAGGUCACAAAUCCAUUGAUACUUUCAUCUUUGAGUAUGCCGUGGAAAGAGUCAUUGCAAGCACUGCCAAAAGAAGUCAGAUCCUGUCACCAGAAGAGAAGAAGGUUGUGGCAUUUCACAAAUCGGGUCAUGCACUGGUUGGCUGGCUGCUGGAGCACACCGAGGCUGUGAUGAAGGUUUCCAUAGCCCCUCAAACAAACACCGCUCUCAGAUUCACUCAGAUCCUUCCAAGAGAGCAGUACCUCUUGACCAAGGAACAGCUGCUGGAGAGGAUGUGUAUGGCACUGGGGGGGAGACUGUCUGAGGCCAUCACCUUUAACAAAGUCACUACAGGAGCACAGGAUGACCUGAAGAAGGUGACCAAGAUAGCCUACUCCAUGAUGAAGCAGUAUGUGAUGGUGCCCAGCAUUGGGUAGCUCUCCUUCCCAGACCUGGAGAAUGCACCUUUCAGCCAGGGACUUCAGCAAAUGACGGACCACGUAAGCAAAGUCCUGGUGGCUCAGGCUUACAGGCGCACAGAAAAGCUCUUACUGGAGAACCGGGAAAAGCUACAAACACUGUCUAAUGCCCUCCUGGAGAAAGAAGUGAUAAAUUAUGAUGACAUUGAAGCUUUGAUUGGGCCUCCACCCUGCAGGCCAAAGAAAACGAUAGGUCCUCAGAGCUGGCUUCAAGCAGAGAGAGACAAGCAAGAGACAAGAGAGGAAGAAAUGCCCCAACAGCCACCAAACCAUGAGGAGGAGGAAAAACCACGCCUGAGACCAGUAUGA